GAUGGAAUGGCAUUCGGUUGAUCUUUCGUUAUAGGAAAUGAUACAGAAUUCAGAAAAUGGAAUGCCAUGAAAUAUUUUCAUGUUAUUUCCAUUUCAAUGAAAAUCCAUUUUAAGUGAAAGUAGAUUUUAUUCUAUUUGGACAAUUCAAGAGCGUGUCAGUUCAUCAUCGUCCAACAAUUCAGGAUCAUAAACAGCUCGCGAUCUGCAUUUUCGUUAUAUAGUUUCUAAUUUUAUUAUGAAUUUGCCAAUUGUGUUAUAUUGCUUCGGGGUAAUAAAGCCAAAAACAAGAAACCCACUAAAUUGAAUAUAAUUUUCCAGUGUAAACUGUAACAGGAGUUUCGACGACGAAAAGAGUGUACAGAAGUUAUAAACUAAGUAUAAUGUGUCCAUAAAUAUCAAUAAUAAGCGAUGGAAUCAAAACGAAAAUAGCAAACCAGCGGCCGCAAAUCGAACACGUACUUUUGCCCAUACACAUAAACAUACAUUCAUACUGGUGCUGAUUUCGACCCCACACACCGUCGUACACCCGAAAAUCCUAUCAAUUUGGCCGAUUGAAGAGCAUCGGGGAGCGCACGUCUUUACCAUUGAUAAAAUAUGAAUGCAAUUCGAUAUUAUUCGUGUGCAUUGUUGGCGCUGUAUUUUCAAUUAUCAUGCUCAUUGGCACCGCAUGAGCUGACCUUUUUGAUCAUUAGUCAGAAUUACUCGUUCAGCGCGAAUUUGGCAACUGAACUCAAACAGAACAUUUUGAAUCAACACCGAAUCGAAGCAUUCUUAAAUAAUAAUGAGAUCGAUGCGGUGCAACAACCAAAAAUUAUAUUGUCACAUGAAACAUUCAGCAGUGCCGGAUCGUGGGCAAUAACACCAAUUUUGGCAUCAUCGACUGAAUAUAUCGAUAAAAUGAUUUUUUCAUCUCGCAACAUAAAUACAUCACAAAAAUCAAAUGCGCAACCAGCCAAUGUGACAACAGAUGCACCAUCAGCAUCACCCAAGGCAUCCCAAACAAAAUGGCUCAUUUUAUGCGAAGAUCAAAGUAUCGUCGAUUUGAAAGCUUUAAUAAAUAAUCUCAAAAACGAAGACUACACAAAAGAUACAUUUCUGGGGUACCCGCUUUCCGAUUCAACCGCUACGAUAAUUCAUCACUUCGCAUUUUUUGAAAAUCCUUCUUGGUUUUUGUAUCCAUUAUUCCGGGCCGGUGUUGCGAUUUCCAUUCCGCUGCUGAAAAAACUUGCCGAGCGUGUGAGAAGCGAAAAGAAUGUGUCCGACUUUUUCAUUGAUGCUUCGCAUGAAUUGUCACUAUUUGCAUGGAACAAGGGCAAAGGCCAUCAACUGACCGAAGCACCGUAUUUUUGUUUGGAUAGAAAAUCAAGUAAAACGAGCAAAUCAUCAACGUUAGUCAGACAAGUGGGUGAAGGAAACGGAUGUGCAAUUUACAGUCGGAAUCAUGAUGACAGCAUUACCCAAUCCCAUUUGUAUUCGCUUGACACAGCAACCGGAACGACUAAGCCAUCAUUUAGACCGAUCGAUGUGUCAAUUAAUCAAAUAUUCUUUGCGGUUAAAACAUGGUCGAAUAAUCAUGAUGACCGUAUACCGGUGAUUCAACGAACGUGGGCCAAAGAAACAAAGCACAUUCGAUAUUACAGCGAUAUUGCUGAUUCAACGAUACCAACAACAAGUACAAAUAUAGAGAACACAGAUCAUGGGCACUGUGCCAAAACAUUACAGAUUUUACAGAUGGUGUGGCAGGAGAUAAUAGAAAAUAAGCAACUGAACCAAAUCAAAUAUGUAGUUUUAAGUGAUGACGAUACUUUAUUUAGUGUGUCAACAUUGCUGAUAUACCUGAAGCGAUUCGAUGCAAAUGCGGAUGUUUAUCUUGGCGAGCGAUAUGGUUAUCAGUUGCUUUCUUCGAACGGUUUUAAUUACAUAACUGGUGGCGGUGGAAUCGUAUUCAGUUUGAGCGUCAUUGAGAAAAUUGUACAUAUUUGCCGAUGUCCCGAUAUUUCAUCACCAGAUGACAUGAUUAUUGCACUAUGCUUGCAACGCAUUGGCAUCGAACCAAUUCACUCAUCACGUUUUCAUCAAGCACGACCAAUUGAUUACCCCGAGGAGGUUUUAUUGUACAAUAGGCCAAUUUCAUUUCACAAAUUUUGGCAAAUAGAUCCGUAUUAUGUAUACGAAAAUUGGUUGCGACAAACCAACGCGAUCGCAGCUGAAUCAAAUAAAUACAAGCUGAGAGUCGGCAAUGAAUAUUGCAGUAAAAAUCAAAACGAAUUAUGCCACAGAAACAUUUAUGAUGGAAACAAUUAAACUUUAAAUCACUUUCACUAAAUAGUUGGAAUUGAGUUCAAUUUACAAAAAAAAAAAAAAAAAAAACAAAUCCUAAUUUUCUUUAUGUUCAAA